CAUGUCCAACACGGAUGUGCAAACAAAGACUGUUUUACUCGACCUGAUCAAUGAUAUGUUGCAAAUGUGGGGGGUUUGAAGUAAAAAAUUACAUUCCAAUGCUUUAUUGCCGUAGUUUUUUAGUUGACAAAUGGUUUGUCUUUGUGGAAACCCAAAAUAAAAGGAUCAGGAUGGCAUCGACAUCAACUCUUGAUAGUACAGAUGCUACUUUAAAGAGCAUUUCGAACUCAUCCACGGGAAAAACCAAUGGGAUUGGGAAGAGGUUGGAUUUGAUUUACCAGCAGUACCUGGUUAGUGACAGCAGCUUACCCAGCUAUUCUGCCGGCAGUGCAAGUCUUGGUAGUAGGACAGUCUCUACGGCUAAAACAAGUUGUAAUGAUUUGCCAGAUGAUGGGAGCCAAGGGAGUAGACCAGUGGAAUUAAUAGUUAUCAGAGAUGAGUCUUCUAUUGGCAGUUCUAGAUCAGUCUAUGGACGAUCAAACCCAGGCUUUUCAACUGAUACAAAAGAAGUGGCGUCAAAAAACUCGAGUAGACUGACUGUGAAAGAGUAUGGUUAUUCAUAUGAAAGCUGGAAUUGGCCUGUAAUACGCGGUGCUUGUACUGUCUUCGUCAUUGCAACAAUUGUGGCCUUAAUCUCAGUUGCUAUUGCGUUUAUUGCCAUAUUAUCAAAAGCCUGCUAUCCAGAGUUCAAAUGGUGGCAGGGAGCCGCCUUCUACAGUGUUGAUCCCCGUUUAUUCAGUGACUCAGAUUCUGAUUACAAAGGAGAUUUGAUAGGUCUUGCUGCAAGAUUGGAUUAUUUUGUGGUGUUGGGAACAACUGUUAUUCAAUUGGACAAUAUUUUCAAAUCAUAUCAGAGUGUAAAUGGUCAGUAUCACGUAACAGACUAUGGAGAUCUAAAUGAAAAUGUUGGAACUCUGAAAACUUUCAAGUCUUUUUGUGAUGCAGCUCAUAAUUCAGGCAUGAAGGUGAUUCUAAAUGUGCCUGUCUCGCAGACCAGUGACAAGCACCAAUGGUUCACAGAUAGCAGACAAGAAACUGGGACAAGUUCUUACAGGGAUUUCUACAUUUGGAAUGACAAGAAACCGCUUGACAGGAACUCAUCAUUUGAUGCGAUCGGAAACCAAUAUUUUGUGCACUUUGAGACGCCAGGUCAGCCAGCUUUAAACUGGGAUGAAAAGAGGGUUGAGACAGCUCUCAUGAAACAGAUAACAGCCCUCUGGAGCCAAGGAGCAGAUGGAAUAUUCCUGUCUGACCUCAACAUGAUACAGGCAACAAACAAAACCAACAGGAUGUCUGAGGUCAUCAGGGCAUUCAGAACUUUCAUGGACAGAGAUCCAAGUGAUGGAGGGGACACGAGGAAAGCGUCCCUGAUGGUUCCCUCUGAAGUGCUGGACUUGAUCCGUUCAGCGAACGGAGAUGUGGCAGACUUUAUGGCCAAUGUUGAUUUGGUCAAUACUGUCGUGUCUAUUGAAGCCAAUGUGACAUACUCCCUGAUGGAUUUUGUGACAUCUCAUGUUAUUCAAGGUACCAAAGAACCAUACCCCUGGCCAUGUUGGCGACUUGGUAGCAUGAAGACUCAUAAAGAGAUCUUGAUUGGUACCCUUAUUCAGCUGAUAGCCUUCCCAGGAACUGUGGCCAUUCAAUCUGGAUUUGAAAUAGGACAGCCGUCACUAGAGACUGGUGUAUUGUUAUGGAAACAGAGUUCCACCAAAGCCUUGAUGCCAUACACAAUUUCUGCUGGCCCAGAAUCUGCUGAGAAAAAUCUUGAGUACAUCCAAACGAUCUUGAAUCAGCGAGAGAAGAGUUUGGGACUGCGCUUCAAUGGAAUGACUCUCAAUGAUGAAUUCGUAAAGGGUUUUAAAUUCAUUGUUACAAAUAGGACUCUGAUUUUACAAAGGGUACACCCAAGGUCUCAUAACUAUUACGUUUUGAUGAAUUACGGGGAGGCUAAUAUCAAUGCAGAUUACUCAAGUAUUCUCUCAUCUGCUGAGAUUGUGCUGAACAUGGGUGGUAGUUUAAUGGGUUGGGUUGACUGGGACAAGGUUAGCCUGAAAACAGGGGAUGCAGUAGUAGCGAGGCAGUCGAAAUGGUCCCUUUAAUUGGUCUGCUAAUAGUCAAUUUUCUUUAGACAUAAUUUUAGUGUCUCAUCUCAAGAGUUUUAGCUCUGCCUCUUUUCAUUAGUGGCCAACACAUUUUCAUUUAACACUAGAAUGUUAACCCUUUUUGCUUCUGCUGUACGUAUUACUGCCGGCCAGUAAUACACCGUGUAAGGGACCGAUAUAUACCGGGUGCGGUAAGGAAAGAGUUAAAGCAGGGUUCUGCUCCCUGUCCUUUUCAGAAUGUGCCCUGCUUUCUAACUGAAACACUAAAUUGGUGUUGUAAUUCCAUAAUAGUCUAUUUUAUUUUAUCAAGGAGGAUGUAAUGGUCCCUUUAAUUGGUCUGCUAAUAGUCAUUUUUCUUUGGACAGAAUUUUAGUGUCUCAUCUCAAGAGUUUUAGCUCUGCCUACACAUUUUCAUUUAACACUCGAGUGAUAACCCUUUUUGCUUCUGCUGUACGGAUUACUGCCGGCCAGUAAUACCCCGUGUAAGGGACCGGUGUAUACCGGGUGCGGUAGGGAAAGAGUUAAAGCAGGGUUCUGCUCCCUGUCCUUUUCAGAAUGUGCCCUGCUUUCUAACUGAAACACUAAAUUGGUGUUGUUAUUCCAUAAUAGUCUAUUUUAUUUUAUUAAGGAGGAUGUAAUAUGCAAUAUUGCAUAGGUUUAUAACUUCUCAUUUUCAACGUCUUGAGGAAAUCAGGGGUUGAUAUUCGCUUGUCUGGCCUUGCACUCUGAGCCCCUGAAACAUAUCCCCCUAUUGGCUGAAGUACAGGCAUACAUCAGCUAUAAGUCAGCACCUGAGAUUAAACUGUCAACCUCAGUUCCAGUUCGUACUUCUGCUGAUUCGUCAUGAUGCGCACCUCGGAGAAGUCAGUGUUUUCUUUUCUGUCUGCAGGAUAAAACAACCAAUGAAUAUGCAAGUUUGGAUAUCCUUUUACGACAAUGUUUAUGAAAUGCCUAGAAUCAAGUACCCAACGUUCCGAUUGGGUGACAUUUGCUUUUGCGCUCGAACAUUAAGUUUAUGUUGAGUAAUGUCUUAACUUGGGUGUUGUGUGCAGGGCCCGAGAAGCAAAUCUUACCCCUGAUUUCCUCAGAAUGAAUAUUUAUGUUAUUGCUUUAUAGAUAAUCGAAUUUAAUAAUAAAAAUUGAAAAAAAUUGGUUAUGAUUUACUGCCUUUUAUUGCUCCGAUCCUAACUUGAU